AUGAGUGCAGCGCUGGAGGCGAGCGGCGGCGCGGCGCCCGGUGCCGCGCAGCUGCCGUAUACUGAUGCACUGCCCUAUUAUGACCAAGAAAUGGAGACGAUUCCCGGGCUGCGUGCGGCGGUCGAGGCGGAGAUUGAAGGAGAAAAGAGCAAGCUGAACUACGAUCCCAUCUCUCUGCUCCCCCCCGCCCAUCCGCUGUUUGCCGAGAAGGAGACUUUUGCUGCAGAGCUUGCUCGUGCCGAGCCUCCCCCCCCCGCCGGCGGUCUCGAUGCCUCGGAAGAGGCGUGGGCGUCGAGCGUGCAAAACGCCGAGGUGCAGCUCGCGCACAUGGACGGCCGCCUGAAGAACAUUGAGCUGCUGCGGCGCUAUGGACCGAAUGUCUGGCGCUUGCACAACUAUAACCAGGACAGCAUGCUCCAGCUGCAGACCGGCGCGCACGAGACGACGCGGGCGGCUUCGGACGACGUGAACCGCACACGCAAAGAGGCGCAGCUCGCGAUCGGCGACAAGCUCUCGACGCUCGAGUCGCGCUGGGCCGCGCUCGUCUCCAAGAACCUCUCGAUCCGCGCCGCGAACCUCACCGCGGCCGCCGAGACCGCCGAGUACCAACGCAAGUCCGAACAACUCCGCCGCGAGUUGGCCGAGAUGGAUGCCGCGGCUGCAUAG